AUGUCGGAAUCAGCUGAAAUCGCUGGGACAGCAGUAACGUCAGUGCUUAUCAUCACAAGUAUCGUAGGAAACUCUCUUGUUUGUACCGUUAUUAAGAAGAAUCGAGACAUGAGGUACAUACCAAGCCAGCACUUAACCAAAAUAUAAUGACUUCGCAAAGUAACAGUAGUCAUUAUUUUUCCUGUUUAGGGCUUUUUAAGUUAAAAAAAACACUGAUAGUGAUGAUAUAUUUCUCUUUAAGUGGAGGGAUUGACCAGCAAAUUUCCGUGUUUAGUUUCACUUUUUCUCUACCUUGGCUGCUAAAACAAAACAGCUUUUUUAGAAACCAAUUCUCUUCUCGAUUUUCUGUCUUAUAUUUCUUGUUUUCUCUGCGUAGUCACCAUCAACCUAGAACCUGGUCUCUAAUAGUCCAUGUUCGAUAUACAUCACUACGAGGUUUUACGGACAAAAUUGCAAAAUUUUGACGAUUCCAUUGUCUCGUAAUUGCCAGAAGAGACAGACAAACAAAGAAGACGAAAUCAAAUCAGGAGCGUAUCCAGAAAUUCAGAAAGGGCUGGCCGGGACACUUGCCAGCAAUAUGGAUACUUUUUAUUUUACUGAGAAUUCUUGUGGGGGUGCGUGGUCCUUGCUCUCGGCCUCAACCCUUAAUCCGCCAAUGCAAAGAAAUUUAACAAGAAAGCCUCGUAGUCAUAUAUGGAACGCGGGUCAUUUACAGCGUGGAGAGCAACGCACAACUCUUAAUGCGGUAGCAACAGCUAUUUAAUUCUGAUUUACCCGCAACUUUGACAUGAAGAGGGUCAUUUUUCCUGUUUGUGAAUAUUUGACUCCUUGUUUGAUCCUAGAAGGCGAAUAAAUAAGGAGUGUAUGUGAGCUCAACACAUAAAAUAUCAUUAACCGUCUAUUUUGGCGGUGUGCAGACGUUCUGAAGCUUUGUUAUCGUGACCAUUGUAAUAAAACCAACUGCCGCUGCAACAGUCUCUUUUCUACACUUUACCGCCCUUGUCAUGUCAUAAUUUUUCAUCAUUAUCAGUGCUAGUAGUUCUCUUUUGAAAUGAGAAAUUGUAUAAUAUGUCAUAACUUGUCAAAUUCGCAGAUAACAUUGAACGCUUAAUUUCACAGAAGUCCCAUGAAUUAUCUACUCAUCAACCUGGCAGUAGCGGACAUAAUCUAUGCAAUCUUUAACAUACCAUAUAUGGUCCUGACACACUCAUCCAUUCAGCCAAAUGGGGCGACUGGAAAAUUGUUAUACACAUUUGGCACCUUUGCAUGGGUAGGGGCUGCUUCGUCGGUCUUUACACUUGUCACUGUUGCCGUGGAGCGCUACUGGAGCGUGGUGCACCCCUAUGGUGGCAGCAGAAAGAGGCUUACUAUGCGCAAACUGAGGGUAUGUAGCAAGUCAAACACGCUAAUCAAUGUAAAUUUGCGACAAAAUAGUCGGCACCUACAUCGCUAUAUCGUAACUUCAUAGUUUACCUACAAUUAUGGAAAAAUUGGAGAACGUUCUUCUUCUGCCGAUAGUGAUUACCGGUAAAUCAAUAGUUUUUAGGCCUACAAGGUUAAGAAUCCAAACUGGCCGGUAGCAAACCAUUUUGCUAUUUAAUCUCCGAGCGAAUUACAAUUCCAGCCAUCUUACCGCUCGCCCUUGCUGCAUCUAUAAAGUAGUUAUCAGUAUGUCACGAUGAUAUUGCUGUCAGUUAAGAUCAAUUCUGUGCUGUAGUCGUUACUUAAUACCUUUACGCAAACUCAAAAUGCUUUUGUAGAGUUAUGAUAGAUAUCAAACAAAUUUCACCAAAGAGUACUAAUCAGGACAUUGUUUUUUGCUAAUUCUUGCAGGCAUAGCAUUGAAACUUGAAGUUUCAAUCCAUAUCCAUCCUCGCCGUCCUUUGCGACAGACGACGAGAAUCAGUUUUAAGACGGAAUCCAUUAGGAAUUUGUAGAUUUUAAUUUUCAGUCAGGGACAAAAAUCUUGUACCGAAAAAUUUAAACAAUAUCGCAUUCUUUUUUUACACUUUUCAAGGGCUAUCGAUAUAACUAAUUAUCUGUAAUAACACCAAAGACAGUUUCUCAUGGGAGCCUGAGAAAGUAGAAGUCAUAUUUCACAAGAAAUGUGAAGACACAGAUAAAAUUCUGAAAAUUUCAUGUGUAUGUCAUUUUGUGAAAUUUGACAUUUUUCUCGGGCUCCCAUAAGAAAUUUUCUUUGGUGAUAUUACAGAUAACUAAUUAUAUCUAUAGGCCUAGAAAAGUGUGAAAAAAGAAUUUUUAAAAUGUGCUUGAAAUUAUUGUGGUACAAGGUUUACGUAGCCUUGGAUAACAAAACUGGACAAUUUUUAUAGAAAUUCAAUUGAUACAAAAAAAAAAGUCUUACACCGUAGCUUUAAGAUAUCAAAUAGCUUGACAUAGUUCCUUAAAAUUCGUUGAUUCGCUCUAAUUAACGGCUGCAUGUUUCUGGAGAGGUGAAUUGACCUUAACGCAAACGUUGAUAAUUUGUCCUGUAUAAUUAGUCCGUCUCUGAACUUCCUAGUGUUUGUACCUUCCGGUUUUAGGUCUUGCAUCCUGGCUUUUGGCUCUUUGCACUGAUAUUUGAAAUCCCGAUUGUUAUGUUCGUGGUAUGUGAAGAGAAAAUCGACUUCCAAUUCUGUAUCAGGGUGUGGUCUCAUAAGAAGGAUAUACUCCUGGCAUUUCUCUCUACAUUGCUUGCCUUAGUUGUUAUUUCCACUACAGUGAUGUUUGCUUUAUACUUUCGAGUGGUGUAUAUUUUGUGGUUCAGGCAAAAUAACGAUGUUAAUCUCUCGCAUCAAAAGAGGGUAUGUGUUUUAGCGGAGACAUUUCAGAUUUUAUCUAAUUUAAUGUACAUUGAAUUUUGUUAUUAUUUACUAACUUAAUGUUUCUUGAGAAACAAGACGAAUGAAAAAUCACAUUACUUGUGGCUCAACUAGCCUGUGUACAGACCCCUCUCCCCUCAGGAAAAGGAUGAAGGAUUUUUCCUGAGGGGAGGGGGGUCUGUACACAGACUAGACUCAACUAAUUUAACAUAUAUGACACAUAUGAUUGAAUGUAAUUAAAAGGCGUAAAAAAACAAUACAUGGGUGAAACCAAACGCACACUUCGUGAACGCUUUUAAAAAAAGGCAGCAACGAUUAAUCCACUCCUGGCGCAAAUGCCACAGCAGCAGUCCCUUCGCACUUCAAUCAACCUGGCCACUCGAUCACAGACAUAGAACUUAUUCCACUUGAACUUCAACCUAAACUUAGUAUGUCACGCCGUAAAGCAAGAGAAACUUACCUCAUAUAAACAUAGUUAUUAGAGGAGACUGGUUAUGAAAAGCGGCAAACAUCAAUAAUAAAAACAACAGUGCUGCAGUUUAUGUUGGAAGCACCCUGAAAGUGCACAAUCCUUUGUUUUCUGUUGGCAAAUUGUUAAGGAAUAAAUUAAUGCAACGUUUUUAUUGGUCAAUACAAUCAAAAUGAUAGGAAUUCUUUUGAACGUUGUGCACUUUCAGGUCCACAAAAACAUAUAACAAAGGAGUCUGACGGGUUUCAUAACCAUUCCACUCAAUUAACUAUGAUAUAAAGUAGAGGUAAAACUCUUUCACCAGAUGGUUUUACCCGCUAGGACGAACGUUGAACUGUACCUUAUCAAUCGCUUUAUUUUAUAUUAUUUACCUAUCUAUCAUGCCAUCUAUUGUUUUCAUCUUUAGUUUUAUCAUCAACGUCUUAUUUAAAUUUAAAUUCAAGUUUUAGGAGCCGUUAUAGUAUUUUCUUUCAGUGUAGCUCUGGCCCCGAGGAAGGCUAAUUUUAAUUUGUUAGCCGAAAUAUUGGCCUCAAAUAAAUGAGCCCUUUGCCGUAUUGCCAGCCUUGCAUUCAGUAAUGUAAAUUAGUGACAUCCGUAAAAACUAACUAUUGAAAUCACCAAAAUAAACGCGCAUGAUGGUUUUCUGUUUUUUUCUCACAGGGUGUGUUGAAGGUACGAAAGCGAGUGACGUUAAUGGUCAUUAGCGUCAGUGUCAUAUUUGUUAUCACGUGGCUCCCAGAUUCAAUUCUUCACAUCGUCGUACAAACAACCAGCAUCGAAUUGAAUCCUUUCAUAUUUCCCAUCUUACAUAUCAUGAUCAUGUUUAAUUCUGCUGUUAAUCCAUUCGUAUAUGCUUUAAUCAACCAACGUUUCAAAGUGAAGAUCAAGAGUAUGUUGUUCCCCGGUUCAACUUCAUUGGUAUCCAAAAAUAGCUCAGAUUUGGAUACACAGAGCAUCGAGUUAGCCAACCGAAACAUCUAG